CUUGCACUAGGGGGGCACCCAGACCCAUCCCGGUCUUCCGCUCCUCCUCACUCUACCAGUCAGCCCACUCUUCCGCACCUCCUCUCUUCAACAAAGGGUCAAAAUGCCUCACGCAUACCCUUUCCUGACCCCUGAGCAGAAGAAGGAGCUCUGUGACAUCGCUCACAGGAUUGUUGCUCCAGGAAAGGGCAUUCUUGCUGCUGAUGAAUCCACAGGAAGCGUCGCCAAACGAUUCCAGAGCAUUAAUGCUGAGAACACGGAGGAGAACAGAAGGCUGUAUAGACAGCUGCUCUUCACUGCUGAUGACCGUGUGAAGCCUUGCAUUGGUGGUGUGAUCUUCUUCCAUGAAACCCUCUACCAGAAGGAUGACAGUGGCAAACUUUUCCCCCAGCUCAUCAAGGAAAAGGGCGUUGUUGUGGGAAUCAAAGUUGACAAGGGUGUGGUCCCCCUGGCAGGCACCAACGGAGAGACCACCACCCAGGGUCUGGAUGGACUGUAUGAGCGCUGUGCUCAAUACAAGAAGGACGGCGCUGACUUUGCAAAGUGGCGUUGCGUGCUGAAGAUCACCCCCACCACCCCUUCUAGGCUGGCGAUCAUAGAGAAUGCCAAUGUCCUGGCAAGAUAUGCCAGCAUCUGUCAGAUGCACGGCAUUGUCCCCAUCGUGGAGCCUGAAAUUCUCCCGGACGGAGACCACGACCUGAAACGUUGCCAGUAUGUCACUGAGAAGGUCCUGGCUGCUGUCUACAAGGCGCUGUCUGACCACCAUGUUUACCUGGAGGGGACCUUGCUGAAACCCAACAUGGUGACAGCUGGACACUCUUGCUCACACAAGUAUUCUCCCCAAGAGAUUGCCAUGGCCACUGUCACUGCCUUGCGCCGCACUGUACCCCCCGCGGUUCCAGGUGUCACAUUCCUGUCUGGAGGUCAGAGUGAGGAGGAGGCCACCAUCAACCUGAAUGCCAUAAACCAGUGUCCCCUGCACAAACCCUGGGCACUCACCUUUUCCUACGGCCGUGCCCUGCAGGCCUCAGCCCUGAAGGCCUGGGGUGGAAAGAAGGAGAACGGCAAGGCUUGCCAAGAGGAGUACAUCAAGCGAGCCCUGGGCAACAGCAAGGCAGCUUUGGGGAAAUAUGAGUCCUCUGGAGAUAAAGGGGCUGCAGCUGGAGAGUCUCUCUUCGUGGCCAACCAUGCCUACUAGACUGUGCUUUGGUUAUUUUCACAGAAAUUAUUAAUCUCUGCCCCCCCCCCUCCCCCCCCCCACAAAUUCCACUUCCUGUUUUUUUUCCUUCUCAUCUUUUCUCUUGUCAUAGUCCAUCACUUCCUCAUCCACGAAUAGCAAACCACAUUUAGACAUUCUCAGACGAAAUGUGUGCCUUCUUCUUCGGCUUUUAACAACUACUGUAGAAUUCCUUGUCGAUAUGAACAUCAUGCAUAUAAUAAAAUACAAAGCAGCAAGAAGAAAGUAACUUUUAACUUAUCAAACUGUAAAACUUUCCAUUAUAUUCUAUGGAAAAAACGGAGAAGUUUUUUAGUGGGUAUUUUGGUUUUCAGCUACCAGAUGUUGUUUCCAUUUUGAAUGUUGUGUUGCACACAUGCAGCAAGGGGAAUGUACACCGAGAGGAUGACCAACAAAGUUCUUGCGAAAUCAUUGGAAAUUAAAAUAUUUUCAAAUGUUACCGA